AUGUGUGCCUGUGCCUUCCCAGGGAUGAAUGCAUUGCUAGUGGCGAAGCCAGAUGCUGUGUUUGCCUAUGAUCCAGAAGAGGGCAAUAUGUCUGCCAUGCCUUUGGAUGGUCAGAAGGUGAUUUUGAAGCGCUUCCAGUCCUACUUUGUGGUGGUGACCAGUGACACCAGUGCUGCUCCAGUCAGCUUCACUGCAGGACCAGCUUCUAUGCCGAAGCAGACAGUAACAGUGGUGCUGGCGCAGAAGCAAAUGCGUUUCAUUGCCUUUACCAGCCAGUUCACGGACGUGACCCAUGUCGUGAAGGCGCUUGGGAAGAUCUACCUGGUCUCACGAGGGGGCGCUGAUGGCAACACCGCCGCUCGGGACACUGCGCUGAGUAUGGUGUGGUCAGAAGUCCGAGGAGAUUUGGAUGAGACUUCGACGGUUGGAAAGCCAGUGAACGACACCAUCAAAGCAUUUGGUUGGAAAGCUUCAAAAGUCCUUUUUGAGCUACAAGAGAAGCCCCUCUCAGAGCGGCUGGUCGCGUGGUUGGCACUGAAUGUGGCAAAACAUGAACUGAUCGCCUUUGGAAAGAGGUUCAAAGACCAGGAGCAGCUACGGAUUGCCAAGUCACUUGAUGACUGCCCUGCGGACAAUAGCAGGACUCCAGUGACUCCAGCUCGUCAGUUUGCUCCGGCCAAGGACGUCUUGGUGAAGAAGCGGAUGUUUGAAUGGGCCGCCGAGGUAGCCUUAACCUCCAAUGGUGCUCCAGAGGUCACGGCUGAGAUCUAUCGGCAACAUGGAGAUGCCUUGUUCGAGAAGCGAGCCUAUGAUCAGGCACUUCAGAUCUAUGCCAAGACCGUGGAUUUGGGUUUGCCGCUAGAACCCUCAUAUGUCGUGGAGCGCUACUUAGAUGCGCAGAGGCGCGGGACUGUGCUUGAAUUGUCGUCGUCCGUGUUGAGAAGGGUGUGCUUUGAAUUCAGUGUUGAGGAGCUGCGUGGAUUGGUUAACGGUGCCUUUUAUAUAAGUAUUGUUUAUUUUGGUGUCAUGGUUAAUAUGGCGUUGUACGAGUUGGUUUGA